AUGCGCUUCUCUAGUGAAUCCUUAACACACCCCCGACCAUGGGAUCCAUCCUCUGGGGAAGCUAGACAACAGAAGUGGAACAGAGAUGGUACUGAGCCCCCACGAGAAAAGAAACACAAAGGCAGCCAGAAAAGCAGGCAUGGUCCUGGAAGACCCCGGGGGAGUAAGAACAACACACCACAUAGUAUAUCCUCGUCCACGUUGCCUCUUCCUCCACGGCAUUACACACACCAGUCUACUCUUCAUAGUGUCAACAUGGAGUCAUCCCUACUAUCCUCAGGUAUCUACACCAGUAAUAAGGACCCCAUCUCCGUAAGGACGGCGUGCAGCACCCCACUCCCUUCCAGCAUCUUGUCUCACCAGACCUCCCUUCCUCCAUACAGCAGAGCUUGCUCCAUAACCCCUUCUUCCACAGCCUCUACCACACAGGUCUUCUCAUUGCCUGGCUCCACAUUUAGUAUCCCUUCAUCUCACAUUUUUGGAAGUCCGUUAUCCAUGCCCACACUCCUGAGCCAAGCUGAAAGCAAUAGGACAGAACCUGAAAUAGAAGAUUGCAGCUUUGUGUGUAGUGGAAGUUCUCCAAGAGAAAGUCUUUCCUCCAUGUCACCCAUCAGUAGUCUCCCUCCUCUGUUUGAUUCAAGUGGCCCAUCCAAUAGCGACAAUGUACCACAGAUCACAGCCAACCUUGAGCAGCUGCUGGAGAAGCAUGGAGAGGCAGGGGUUAACAUUGUGGACAUGCUUCAAGCUCUGCACUCUCUGCAGAAAGAGAAUCGUUCCCUUCAGGAUCAGAUUCUGAGUCUCACUGCUCGUAAAGAAAAGCUACAGCUACUCAAUGUCCAGUUGGCUUGUCCCUUUCCUCCGAGUUUACCGCCAACCAAUAUCUCUAAUUUGAGUUCGCAGGACUCCUUCAGCAAUAAGAGUCCCACAUCAAAGAGCAGCUUUCGAACAGAGAACUCUCCUUCUGAGGAUCCACACUCUGGCUGCCCAAGCAGAAGCAGUUCCUGUCUGUCAUUGCAUAGUACUCCUCCCCCAGGCCCUCUGCCUCAGACAGCACCAUCACUUCCUGCCAUGGGAGCAGAGCAGCUAAUGAAUGGGCUGAUACGAGGUGCAGGCCCUGGAGGCCCCCCUACACUAGCAACUCUUCCUCUUCUCGGAGCUCUCUCUGGAAAUCCUGGGGAAUGCUCUCACUGAACAGCAUAUUGGGAAAUAUCAAUGGAAAUCUUCAAAGCACUCUAGGACAGGCCCAGAAUCCUCUACGCAGCGGGACUGCCAGCUCACAUAUACCAGCCAGCCUGUCCUCUUUGAGCACACUGUCAGAGCAGCAGAGACAGCUAGCACAGCAGUUACAGCAGAUCACCACCGCUCAUCUCACUGUGGAUCAGCAAAAUGUCCUGUAUCAAAUUGUUCAGCACCUCCAGCAGCGGCGGGACCUUCAGCGUCUGAUAACGCCAGCUGCACCACCUCUACUUCCUGUGACAACAUGUAGCACUAUGGCAUCUUCACCUGCCCCUCCCAUCCUUACUGCACAAGCCCCUCCUUUCCUGGGAUCUCAAGGCGAGAGGGGUGGUGAGAAGACGCCUACAAAUCAUGACAAGGGAUGA